AUGGCCACGAGGGCGGCGAGGGAGGAGGCGGCUACAUACCUUGGAGGUGGCUGCCAGCUCGGAUCUGAAUACGACCAAUCACGUAAUGUUGGGCGGGAGAACUGGAAGACGGCGCAUAAUUCCCUUGCCUCCGAGAGAUUACGCCAAGACUUCCACAGCGUUUUCCCUCAGAACGACCCUCCGAGGCAAUGCGAUGGUCUGGGAUUCACGCCAUCCCAUCCAAGCUCUGGAGACUGA